CUUUUAUGCUUCAUUUAUAGGGCUGCAUAUGCUGCUUUAUCUUCAUCUUCAUCUCGGAUGUCCUUGAAAGUUUGAUAAAAUCUAUACGUUCUUUAUGGCUUCUCUUAAGCUUUUCAUUUCCCCCUUUUUCAUGUUUAUAGUUCUAAUUGCAUCAACUCAACGUGCACAAUGCAACACUUUGAAGGCAAAGAUUUCUUGCCUUGAUUGUCAAUCCAACUAUGACUUCUCAGGAAACUUGAUCAUGGUGAAGUGUGAGAGAGCAAAAAACUUAACAAUAGCAAUAACCAAAGCCGAUGGAUCAUUCGAAACUUCGCUUCCAUCCAACAUGGCCUCCGAAGCAGCUCCUUCUUCUCCCAAGUGCAUAGCCAAGCUCCUUGGAGGUUCUCACCAGCUCUUUGCUUCAAGGAAAGAGAUGGUUUCUACUAUCAUCAAAGAAACCAACUCCAAGUUCUUCACAAUUGCCACUGCUCUCAAGUUCUCAACAUGCAAAGAAAUCAGUAGAAACUGCAAAGCCAUAAAGAAGGAGUCUGUUGAAGAUUCAAAAACCUUUGAUUUCCCUUUGCCGCCUGAGUGGGGCUUCCCACCCACAAGCUACUACAUCCCUGUGCUUCCUAUCAUAGGCAUUCCUUGAGGAUUAAUUAUAUAUUGUAUGUUUGAGGAGCAUAUAUAUAUGGCUAAGUAUUACAAUAAAUGUGGUGUGUCAGAGAUUAGUUUGUAUCACCUGAAAACUCAUGGAUAAGUGUAAGUGCUUAUAGUUAAUAAUGGUUGUCUACUCAUUCUCUAUUAUGUGGUUUAAUGAUGUUUUUGUAACUAUUGCUAUAAUAAUAGUAAUCUAUAAUUGGUAAGA